CUCUCUUCUCGCACGGCUUGAUUUUCGCCACCCAACAAUCUUCCCUCCCACCCUAUAUGCAUUCUUCCAGUUGAGAUGAACCUCCACCAGGUGCAAUGGCACCUUGCUCGAGCGGCCAUGCUGAUGGCCGCUCUGUGCCUCGUCCUCUACCUCUACGCAAACCGCAAUGGCGCCUCUAUGGCCAAUGACGGCCUGGUGGUCGACGAUGUCAAAGCCGUUGUUCCUGCCCUCUCCGCCUGCGACGAUUUCGACCCCGCCACCGUAUCGCUUGACCUCCACGGUACCUUGAACGCCAAAGCUUCAAUCAAUGGCAGCGCAGUCGACGACUUUGUGUGCUCGAUAGUGAAGCACAACAUGAAACAAACCGCCCAUCUCGAUUGUCCUCUCAACAUCAGCCUUCGUUAUGAUAGCCUCCGCGUGCAACCGAGCUGGGGUAGCGCCAACCCCAAGGUCAAAUACUUCUUCGCCCUCGACCUGUACCAAGCCGCCCACAUUCUCAUGCCCCUGAUGGGCGCGAUUCUGGAUACUAUGCGUUUCAUUGGGCCUCAGUACUGUGCUCUGUCCAUCGUUGAAGGUCGAUCCACUGAUGGCACGUACGAUAUUCUUGUCGCUCUGGAACGCGAGCUCGCUGCGAUGGGCGUGCGAUACUUUCUGGGAACAAACGACUUGAACCCCAAGGCGGAGGGCGAGGAUCGCAUCAAGGACCUGGCCAUUCUGCGCAAUCAAGCGAUUGCCCCGCUGGUCACUGCCGGCACGGGCAAGUUCAGCCCGUACGCCGCCGAUACGCUGAUUGUCUUCGUCAACGAUAUCGUCCUGUGCACGGAGGACCUUCUUGAGCUGAUCUACCAGCAUCAGAAUCAAGAUGCGCAGAUGACCUGCGCAUUCGACUGGAACGCGGGCGGUGGCUCCUUCUACGACUCCUGGGUGUCCCGUUCGAUGUCCGGUAACCUCUUCUUUGAGAUUACCCACGACGCACGGUACUGGAUCGCUAAGGAUAUGUUCUUUGAUGACAACUACAAUGCGGAGCGUUAUGGGCGAGGUCUCCCCGUGCAGGUCUACUCAUGCUGGGGCGGCAUGGUGACCCUCAACGCGGCGCCGUUUGUGCAGAAAUCCAUCACGUUCCGCAGCUCCGAACCAGGCGAGUGCUACAUGGGGGAGCCCAUGACGCUGGCCAAGGAUCUCUGGAGAGCGGGCUUGGGCAAGAUUCAGGCCGUAUCCAGCAUCAAUGUCGCCUACGAGUACAAGACGGCCCGCGAGGCGAAGGAGACCUACAAAUAUGUGCACCAGAUCAUUCGACGGGAGAAGUACACGAAGGGACCGGAACUGAUCGAGUGGCAGCCGGAGCCACCGCCGCGGGUCAAGUGCAUGCCCUGGUUUAAUAACCAAUAUUGGGUCGACCCGAUGUAAAUAGUAUCUGUGAUACCAAGCGUAUAUAUCUUUUUCUGCAUGUUCAGCUCCGCGUGAUUUUACGGCCACAACCAGGGCUUGCUACUGGCGCAGUAAUGAACUUUGUGCUAGUUGCUGCUCUGAAUUAUAGAUUUACAUACAAGAAAUCUGACUUUGCCC